AUGUCGCGCCUCUACGAUGACUACUCAGAAGAAGACGAAUGGUAUCGCAAGGACGUUUACAGCAGCGCCCGCCAUGUUCCCAGACCGCAUAUCCGUGAGAGCCACGGCCGCCGUACCUCUGAACACUUGAACCCCGAGGUUCACUACACAAGUGGUCUUCACCGAACGAAGUCCCAAGGUCACAGUGUCACUCCGAAUGUGACCAUCUAUAACACAACGCGCAUGGACAACGAGAGCAGCCCCAACGUACGCACCACGACCGACCAAAGAAGUCGAGAACCUAGCUCUGAUGGUCGCGGCCGCCCUCGGAGAAUGCCUGGCGAAUGGGGUCUUGAAGACGACGUCGAGGAGUUGAAGUUACAAAUUACCAGGGACCGUUUGGCGCGAUCUCGUUCCCGAGGCGAACACCACUACCACCACGGCCACUCGCCAGACCGCUCUUACGAAGACAAGCUGAAGCUGACAAUGGCCGAGUACAAAUUGAAACAAGCUGAAGCAAAGCUUAACCAGCACCACCGCCACCAUAGCCACUCACCAGACCGCUCCUACGAAGACAAGCUGAAGCUGUCAUUGGCCGAGCAGAAGUUGAGGGAGGCUGAGGCGAGACUUGAUGCUGAAAGGCGCGAUGAGGAAGCCGGGAGACGAGAGGAGAUCACGAAGAGGAAGCUUGAACUGAAAUACAUCAAGGACCGCCAAGAGCGCGAAGACGAAGAGGAGCGCAUCAAGCGUCAGGAAGAGAGGCUUCGGAUGGAUUGGGACCUCAAGCGAGAGAGGGAAGAGCGAGCGCGUGAGCUUAGAUCGCGAGACGAAGAAGAGAAGAAGGAGCGAAUCCUCGCAGAUAGCAGAGCCAAAGCAGAGGCAGAGCAUCGCAAGAAGAAGGAAGAGCGCGAUCGAAUCUUAUCGGAGGCCGACAGGGAGCACAGGGAGGAAGAGGCGAAGCGUAAGCGUCUUAUUGAAGAGCAAAAGGCACAGUUUGAGAAGGAGGCCCGCAAACGCGAACAGGAUGCUAAAGAUAGGGAAGAAGAGGCAAAGAGAAUUGUUGCAGAAGCUGAAGCUAAGCGCGAGAAGAAGAAGCGGGAGGCGGAGGCCGCUGAACAGGCCGCGGUAGAUGCAUACAACAAACGGAAGGCCUCCGAGGAGGCAAAGGCAAAGGCUGAGCGUGAGCGUAUUGUCUAUGAGUACGAACGACAGAAGGAUUUGGACGCAGCCAAAGAGAAGAAGCAACGUGAGGAGCUACUUCUCAAGAUUGAGUUAGAAAAGAAGGCGCAAGAGAAGAAGGACAAGGAGGAAUAUGAGGCCUUCAUACGCAAACAGGAGGAGAAGAAGGCUAGCGAGAAAGCCAAACGUGACAAGGAAGAGAAAGAACUCGAAGAAUCGAUGCGCAAACGGCUGGCUCAGUUCGGAUUCCAGGAGAAUCAAAUCCAGGCCAUGGUGCACCCUGAGCAGCAGAAGAAGCUGGAGCAGCAGGUUGGGCUGACACCGCACAACCCGUUGCGCAUUGCGCCGCAACCCACUUAUGCAAAGAUCAGGAGGGAGUACCUCGACAUCGAGACGCUGCAUUACUACGACAUUCCCUACGAAUACGAUGCUGACCCCAACUACAUUAUCGUGCUCCGCGAGAUGAGCCAGAAGGAGACAGAUAUUCUCUUCGAACACACACGACGACUCCGCACUAACCACGGAGACCGCCUGUUUAUCGAGGCUGACGGUCGCGAUCGUCGCGGCAGGAAGGAGUACGCUUUUGUGCGCAAGAAGUCUAGGUCAAGGUCCCGCAGCGAUGUCUCUCGUCCAGCCAGGAAUGUGACCCUUGGCGACAUGCUUUUCAGCAGAUAG